AUGGAUAUGAGACCAAAUAGCUAUCAGUAUUAUAGCUCGACGAAUACAUCGUCGCACUAUCCGUUAGGAUGUUCGCUGGCACCGCUAAUUUCCGAGAAACCCAUGCUUCUCAAUAAAACCAGUUUAUUGAAGGAUGCUCUACAAAAUGGCACAAAAGUAGCGAAACAAAAUUAUUCUACAUAUUCCCAGAUGAACACGGAUAUGAUUCCUUAUCAACGACAAGCGAUACCGAACAGUCAAAUUGUUUCUCAAAAUUAUCAAGCCCCUUCUGGCGAAGGCUGUUUAAUCUCGGAUUUGUUCAACGUAAAUAUCACCAAUGAAGUAUCGCAGGAAUGCAGUCAAGGAAAUGGAACCGGACAGAAACGCACGAGACAAACCUAUACACGAUCGCAAACCUUAGAGUUGGAGAAAGAAUUUUGUUCUAAUGAGUACCUUCCAAAACGUUCGCGUGUUGACCUAGCUAGAAGAGUUAAUUUGACUGAACGUCAAAUUAAAAUUUGGUUCCAAAAUCGACGCAUGAAGAAGAAGAAGGAAGAGCCCUCUUCAUCGGUCGUCAAAAAUCGGUCUUCCUUAACCACGACCGCGUCAACAAUGUCGACACCAGUUUCACCAAAAUCCAAUAACCAGAUAACGUAUUAUGAAAAACAAGUCUCAAGUUCAGAUGAACAUGCGCAAUUACAAUCGGAACAACAAUUUUACAAACAACAGCCAAAUUAUUUUAAUAAUCAUCAAAAUACAUUAGCAACGCGUUAUUUAAAUAAUUCUGAAAAUAAUUACGGUUACUAUAAAAAUGCAGCAGGAAGACAACAUUCAUAUGCUAAUUUCGAUAAUACCUACAAUUAUUAUACAAUGUAA